CGAAGGCUUGGAGGAUGGACUCAGAAGCCAGAGACCUUGGGUCAGCCCCGGUCCUCCCACUUGCCGGCGUGUCCCUUGGCCAGACACCCAGCCUCUCCGUGCCUCCACUUCCUGGCCUGUGACACGUGGCACUGCGGAGAGUCACCCCUCGUACCGUCUCCCGACGGACGGCUCGGUGAGAGACACCCUGGCAUGCAGGCAGGGCUCAGCCAGGAGGCUCCAGCUUCUGUUUCAAGAGCUUCUAUUUCCGGGCGCAGUCCUCAGCCUGGUCUCUGACGAUCGCUCUGGUGUCAGAGCGAGCACAUCUCAGGCCUUUUUGGAAGCGCCAGCUGCACGGGAGAAGAGCUGGCGCUUGUAUGUGCGGUCGGGAACGGGCGUGCGACACCACCUGCCAAACGGACAGGCCCCUCUGCCCUCCUGACCCGGCCGCGCGGGCCUCCGCUCCGGGGCGCCGUGGCCUGGCGGGGUGGGCCUGCCCGCAGCGCAGGCUUGUCUGCGGCCUGUCCUGUGUCCUCGGCUCUGCGUCACGAAGCGCUGACAGCAUCGCUGGGUUGCACCAGCUCAGUGAGCGGAGCAGCUGGGCCGAACCGAGCGACGGAGGCCCAGAGGGAAGGACCCGGGACACGGGCCGGGCGUGAGCUGCGAGUCUGAGCGGUCAUGGCUUCCGGCUUCUCGGACCCGCGGCUCCGGCAGAGGACAUGACCGUCUGCGCCCCCGCCCCAGACCUGCUCCAGAGGCCGAAGCUCGGCGGGGCCCCAGCCUGCCCGGCGCAGGGCCGCUGCUUCCGUCUUUGAAGGGCGCGGCGUCCGGGACGCAGGAGCCCGAGAUGGCGACUUCGUCCAUCCGGCGGCAGAUGAAGAACAUCGUGAACAACUACUCGGAGGCCGAGGUCAAGGUCCGGGAGGCCACCUCCAACGACCCGUGGGGCCCGUCCAGCUCCCUGAUGACGGAGAUCGCGGACCUGACCUACAACGUGGUGGCCUUCUCGGAGAUCAUGAGCAUGGUGUGGCGGCGGCUCAACGACCACGGCAAGAACUGGCGGCACGUGUACAAGGCGCUCACGCUGCUCGACUACCUCAUCAAGACGGGCUCCGAGCGCGUGGCCCAGCAGUGCCGCGAGAACGUCUUCGCCAUCCAGACGCUGAAGGACUUCCAGUACGUGGACCGCGACGGCAAGGACCAGGGCGUCGGCGUGCGCGAGAAGGCCAAGCAGCUGGUGGCCCUGCUCAGGGACGAGGAGCGGCUCAAGGCCGAGCGGGCGCAGGCCCUCAAGACCAGGGAGCGCAUGGCCCAGGUGGCCACUGGCACGGGCGGCCGCCAGGCCCCCUUCGGCCGGGGCUCCAGCCAGCCCAACCUCGCCACCAGCUGCUCGGAGCAGGAGUACGGCAAGGCCGGGGGGUCGCCGGCCUCCUACCACGGCUCGCCCGAGGCCUCGCUGUGUCCCCAGCACCGCGUGGGCGCCCCACUGGGGCAGAGCGAGGAGCCGCAGCCGCCGAGCCAGCGCCCCCCGCUCCUGCCGCACCUGGGGCCGGCCCCGCGCCCCGACGGCGACUGCUCCCAGCCCUGCCUCGCGUGUGACCGCGCAGCCCGAGCCACCUCCCCGCGGGUGUCCUCGGAGCUGGAGCAGGCGCGACCGCAGACGAGUGGCGAGGAGGAGCUGCAGCUGCAGCUGGCGCUGGCCAUGAGCAGAGAGGUGGCCGAGCAGGAAGAGCGCCUCAGGCGGGGCGAUGACCUCAGGUUGCAGAUGGCCCUGGAAGAAAGCCGCAGAGACACAGUGAAAGGCCCAGCAAAGAAAGAGCACGGCUGCCACCCGCCGCAGACCACGCUGCUGGACCUGAUGGAUGCCCUGCCCGGCUCGGGCCCUGCUGCCCAGAAAGCAGAGCCCUGGGGCCCGUCCACCUCAGCCGGCCAGACCAACCCCUGGGGCGGGCCGGCAGCCCAGGCCAGUGCUUCGGACCCCUGGCCAGCAUUCGGUGCCAAGCCAGCUGCCUCUGUUGACCCAUGGGGGGUGCCCGCUGGAGCCAGCACACACUCCGUCUCCAAGGGCUCAGACCCCUGGGCCGCCCCGCAGCAGCCCGCCCCCACUGCCGGCAAAGCCACUGACGCCUGGGCUGUGGCCUCGGCCGCCAGGCCCACCUCCGCCUCCGGGGCCUUCGAUCUCUUCAGUAAUCUGAACGGCACCGCUAAGGAUGACUUUUCUGAAUUUGACAGCCUCCGAACUUCGCAGAAGACGGCCAAGGUGGCCUCUCCACCAGCCCAGAGCAGUGGGACCGCCAGCCCAGACGCCCUGGAGUCUCAGCCCCUGACCGUCACCUCAAGCAAGCCCAGCAGCGCCCGGAAAACGCCCGAGUCCUUUCUGGGCCCCAACGCGGCCCUGGUGAACCUGGACUCGCUGGUGACCAGGCCAGCCCCGCCGGCACAGUCCCUCAACCCUUUCCUGGCACCAGGUGCCGCGGCGGCCUCGGCCCCGGUCAACCCCUUCCAGGUGAACCAGCCGCAGCCGCUGACGCUGAACCAGCUGCGGGGGAGCCCGGUUCUGGGGAGCAGUGCGUCCUUCGGGCCUGGCCCCGGGGUGGAGCCCGUCGCCGUGGCCUCUGUGCCCUCCGCAGCCUCACACCCAGCUCUGGGGCCCAGCGGUCCUUCCCUGACCCCCCUGGGCCCCGUCGCCGUGGGCAUGGUGGGCACCAUGGCCGUCCCCCCGUCGGCAGCGCAGGCCACCGGCACAACCAACCCGUUCCUGCUCUAGUGCUCGGCCCGGCCCCUGUCGUGGGGUCCCAGAGUUGGGGGGGUGGGUGUUAGGGCUUCCCCGUCCAGCUUCCUCAUCAAUGGGUGUCCUUGCAGCCCUGGCCCUCCGUCUGGGGGUGGCGGGCCCACGAGGUGUCACCUAGCCCACGGGCUCUGAGCCUGUCCAGCCGCCCUGGCCGCCACCCCGGUGCAGCUCCGGCCCCUGCGGAGACCCACGGGCUCCCUGGGGCCCCGGACAGGGAGGCGGCGGUGCGCGUGCCGGCCCAGCCUCAGCCCAGGGCCUCUGGGACCCCACUUGCCCAGGACUCGGCCCCCCAGCCCAGCCCUCGGGACACCCCGGCGCCGGGUGCGGCCGGGACGGGGUGCCGGCUCCUCAGACCCUGACCCUUCGGGGAGGCGCUUAUGCAUCACGUCCUUUUCUUUGACUCGUGUGUGAGUUCGACGCACUCGCCACCACCGUGGAAGAGCUCGAAUGAAGUCCACUAGCGCGAGCUUUAGACUAACCUGAGCGUAACCCCGCCACGUGCUCCGUGCUUGCACACGCCUGCGCACACUGGGUUCAGUGCCGUUUCAUAUUUGAGUUUGCAGAACUACCGAAUAGUCUUUUUUUGGCUAAUAUUUUUAUAACGUGGUUCUUAUUUAACUGUCUAGUUUGGAUAGGACUUACCCGGUCUGGCUGAACUAAGACAUUGGCAGUGUCCUGCGAGUGGUCUAAAUGCUCUUAUUUAUGGUUUUGACUCUGUAAGAAAAUCUAAAUAGGAAGAGACGGAAAAUGCCUUAUGGAAAAACUAAAGCAAAUUCUUUAUAGGGAAAAAUACGGGAAGUUGAUGACACGUAAAGGGUGUUUAUUUUGAAGACACAAACUACCACAGUACCAAGAGCUCCCGGCCUCGCGUCGCCUCUUCCUCCCCACCCCUGUCCCGUGAGUCACCAAACCGAUGGACUCGCAGCCUUUGGGGCUGGGUCCUGCGUGCGAGGCUGGUUUUCAUACUCCUAGGCCAACGUCAAGAAAUUUAAGACCAAGCCCGACGUGGGGACGUGACGCACCGGGUUUGGCCUGCCAGCUCGCGCCGUGUCGGGACCGAAGGCCUGUGCGCGGCCAGCGGGGCCUGGGACGGGCAAGACGUCUGGAGCCCCGUGUCCGUGUCCUCCUCUGUCCUGGCCACGCUCCGGGUAGGGGUGGGGACAGUGUGGGGAUGGCACGACCAGGAGGGAGGGGACAGCCCCGGGCUGAGGGUGCGAGGGGCCAGGGCUGGCCGCAGCCCACCUGCCUGCCAACUCGCGACACACGCGGCGCCGUAGCCGUAGUCUCCUCUGAUGUCGGGGAGGAAGAGACGCCGCGCCUCCCGCAGGAGCCACGCGUCACAGACGGGCCCUAAUCGUACCUCUCUCCCCUGCUCUCCUCGCCCCCCGCCACUGCAAAAGAGUAUUAAGUCACAAACUAAAAACCAGAGAAGACGUGCUUCUCCCCAGAGAAGGGACUUGCCCCCCCCAAACCCUGGGUCUGGGCACCUGGCCUGGUGGGCGCCUCCCCUCGGACACCAAGGGCAGCUGAGCCCUGGGGCCCCUCGGCCCCUCUCUCUGGUUCCAGAUCUGACCCCGAGCCCUGGGCACAGGCCCCUAGAAAUGCCGAGGAUGCCUGGGAACUGCCCCGGCUGCUCCCUGGCCCAGCCUCGGCCCUGCCUGCGCGGGGGCCUGGGGCUGGACAGGGGGCUGCACUUACUCCCGCGGCUCUGGCCCUCCACAGCGGCCGGGGGAGGACACUCCCAGGGAGGCGCCGGGACCGUGCUCCUGGCAGUGACUCCUAAGAGUCACGAGCCUGUCCCAACCCGACCUUUCAGUGACUUACAGCCACUGGGCCACGAAGGUCCAAGCAGAUGCCCCCAGCCCCGGUCUCAGGCCCGUCCCCAGGCGCCCUGUCCCUGUCACCCGUUGCACUGAUCAUGAAGCCACUGGCACUGCCAUGCACGUGGGACACGUGCCAUCAAGGCCCCUCCUGCCAGGCACCGUGGUAGGGGUGUCAGCCAGCUGUUUCCUCAGUCCCGGGGCAGGUGGCUGGUUUCGAGCUUGUGUUGACUCUUGAUACUUAUUUACUGUAGAAAUAUAAUUUAUCAUUUGUAUCACGA